GUUAUAGAAGUAAAAUGCAACUUUCAGUUCGGCAGCUUCACCUUUAUUCAGCACAAAAAUAUGGACUGUAAGGAAGUAGAUUUUAAUCGAGGAAUUCAGGAAUAUAUUGAUGGCUUUGGUGAACCUUUUGGUGAACACUGGAUUGGUCUACAACAUAUUCAUGACAUAUCUCAAAAUCGAAAUAAAACUUUGCUUAGUGUCAGUUUAGAUACGUUUGGUGCCCCCAAAAUUUCGUAUUACUACAAUUUCAAGUUACAACCUGGACCUGAUUUCAGAAUAUCGUUAAGUGAAUAUGAUUCGUCCUAUUCGGCCACAGCUGGCGAUUCCCUUACAGUCAGUGGUGAAAGCAUCAACGAGAGACCUUUCUCAGCAUAUGAUCGAGACAAUACUAGCCAUAAUUGUCCAGCCAGGUUCGAAAGCGGUUGGUGGUAU